AUGAGUCUGGCGAACGAGAGCGCCUCACAGGAGUUCAUUCUCUUAGGGUUUUCAGAUCGGCCAUGGCUGGAGCUCCCGCUCUUCGUGGUGUUCCUGGUGUCCUACAUCUUGACCAUCUUUGGGAACAUGAUGAUCAUUCUUGUAUCCCGCCUGGACUCCAAACUCCACACCCCCAUGUACUUUUUCCUCACUAACCUGUCCCUGCUGGACCUGUGCUACACCACAAGCACAGUGCCGCAGAUGCUGGUCAGCCUUUGCAGCACCCGGAAGGUGAUCAGCUACGGCGGCUGCGUGGCCCAGCUUUUCAUCUUCCUGGCCUUAGGAUGCACCGAAUGUCUUCUCCUGGGCGUCAUGUCCUUUGACAGGUUUGUAGCCAUCUGUCAGCCUCUGCGUUACCCAGUCAUCAUGCACCAAAAGCGCUGCCUCCAGUUGGCAGCUGCAUGUUGGGGCAGUGGCUUCAGCAACUCAGUAUUGCAGUCCACGUGGACCCUUCAGAUGCCACUGUGUGGUCACAAGGAAGUGGAUCACUUCCUCUGCGAAGUCCCUGCCCUCCUCAAGUUGUCCUGUGUGGAUACGACGAUAAUUGAAGCUGAGCUAUUUUUCAUGAGUGUUGUCUUCCUUUUAAUCCCCGUGACUCUCAUCCUCAUAUCUUAUGCUUUUAUUGUCCAAGCAGUGUUGAGAAUAAGGUCAGCAGAAGGUCGGAGAAAGGCCUUUGGGACAUGUGGCUCCCACCUGAUUGUGGUGGUCCUCUUUUACGGCACUGCUAUCUACAUGUACCUGCAGCCUCCGUCCCCUGCCUCCAAGGACAGGGGGAAAAUGGUGUCCCUCUUCUAUGGAAUCAUCACCCCCAUGCUGAACCCCCUCAUCUACACACUGAGGAACAAAGAGGUAAAGGGAGCGUUCAGGAGGUUGAUGACAAGGGUGUGCUUGAUUAAAAAAUAA